CACUAGUCCGCUUUCCUCUAGUCCACUUUCAUCAUCCUAGGAAUUAUCGAAGCUCGUUAGCUUCCAGUGGCAUUAUUAUAUGCAUCAAACCCAGGAGUAGAAACUUGUUACUACUUGGAUAUCUAACGUUGUUUACCAUGGGGCUCAACCAUUCUUCGGAGGCUCAAUCGCUUCCACAUCCAGAAUUGCAAAUACAGAGACAAAGACUGCGAGCCAUUCUACAGGCCAUUCCUCUGUUUGGAUCCGGAAUAGUAAAGCCACCUAUCAUAGAUGCGUCUAUAGACUCUUCAGGAGAUGAAGAAAAACAAAGCCAGGACAGCGUGUACGGCUUGCGUUCCUUGCGGGAUGCAGUCAGACGAGACCUUGACGUCUUGGAAAAGGUGAGCAACAGUCCUCUCAUCGGACCCGCAUGCUGGCUAUCAAAAGGUAUUCAUUAUUAUAUCAUGUUAAUACGCAUAUAUUUAGUAGUUUCUCAAUGAGCCGAGUUGUGUUACUCAACCCGCUCUCUCGACCAAUGCGCCAUACCUCCUAUCUGUAUGGAAUGAAGUCUUGCUAGCACCUCAGCCAGUAAUCGGAAUCUGGAACACAUUUUCUGAAAGUGGCAAAACCAUCCGUCCUCGUCGACGUGGUCAGCCUAGAGAGGAUGGUGUAAAGGUAGAUGUUGUGGCGGAUGGAGGAAAGCGGUGGAUUCGAGAUCAAGAAUUCUCGUAUAUUGGCAGAAUUUCGAGAGAUCGAUUCUUACUUGACAGAUUCCGAAGACGAAGACGAACCUUCAUCGGACUCUCCACCAACUCUGGCACAGACCGAGUUUGACAACUCGGUUCUCCGAAUGGGUCGUUCGCUGUUGAAGGCGGCGAAGGAGAACCCAGUAUCUGGCACAGACCAGAUACCAGCUGUUACAAUGCAACUUACACGACUGGACCCCACUCCUUCGAAUGAGAAGGAGUACGACCCUCGAAUAUCUCAGACACUAGACAUACUGCGUUCGAUGAGGAUUGAAGUACGGUUGGGCGAGAGGGACGAAGUUGAGGUAUCUCGAUUUCAAGAGCGAUACAAACCUCCACCCCCUCGAUGCCUACAGCCUUCGAAUAGCAUCAAUCUCGAUCUCUCCAUCCUUAUUGCACUUGUAUCCGAUAUUCCACAUUCACCCCUUCCCAAAUCGCCUGAAGAGGCCGAAAAACGAUUCACACCCUCUGCACAAUACCUAUCAUGGAAGAAAACCCGACUUAGUCUGUACGACCCAAAGUCAACCAUAGAAGACAUAGCACGACCUUCUAGAGCACUAUCGAAUCAAGCCAUACAGGAGAUGGUUAAGGGGUUGUUCCAGGAGAUGCAUGAUAGACUCGCUCAGUUAAGGCGCACUUCCAAAGAGAAUGGGAAUACGUCUUCGACGAAUGCUGCUGUGGAGUUUUGGACUACACCAGAAGCCCGAGACCGGUGCCUCAAGAUUGUAUCGAAAAUCGGAGGUCCCAGCGAAAAGCGCCGCGCGCAGGCUCUGUUCCCUGAGCAUUCCAGAUCCUCGCAGGAAAUCGAAGAAGCAUAUUGGAGUGGCUCACGCUACCCUCGAGGAUUCAUCUCUCUAUUGCCAAUUCGAAUACUCCCGUCGCCGGAACCUGAUGGUACUGUCGAACCUCCGACCCAUGACGAACACGGACAGCCAUUGUCACCUUUCUUCGCCGCCUUGGCUGCGACCUGUAGGGAUAUCUUGGCGCAAGAAACUAUUCCUGACCCACGUACACCUCGUGAGUUUCCCGCUGACAUAUCGGAGAAAGAUGUCAACAAUGAGGAACUCAAAACUAAAGACGACAGUGACGUUGGUGACGUUGGUGGCGACGAGGACCCUGACGGAGAAAUCCAACGUGCGACUGUGAUGAAGGCGAACCCCCGUCUGACAGCUCAUACUGUCCAAAGCAUGCUUUGGGGUGCGGUGAAAGGGUGGACAACACUCACUGCCAAUAAGACGAGCGUUAGGGCCAUGUUGAAAGAGAUGAAGGCCCGGAGAACGAUAUGGGAACGUGUUCAGGGCGAAGUUGUCGAUGCUGAUGCAGUACGUCCGGAAGUUGGCGCACUGUGGGUUGUGGAUCCUAGGAGCCUAGCAGAGGGGAUGAGGUCGGAUUUCGGGUCAACCUGAACAUUUGAAUAAAUCCCUUUGAUGUAUGCGAUAUGAUGAGUACACCAUUGGUGAAAGCGUGCAUCGCAUUAAUGGUUUGUGAUGCCCCUUAUCGUUUGUACUUACAUACACAUGAGUUUACAUGAACCCUCAAAGCCAAGGAUCCUUGGCAAUUUGUACACAAUAGUCGAAGGGUAUCUUGAAACAGCUUCCAGACAAGUGUGGCCGCUUCAGUAAAAAUCUUCAUUUGAGAAUCGACCU